AUUAGGACACUUAAAAAAAGGUUUAAAACAAGCUAUACAGCAUGUAGAACUGAGUAGUAUCCAUUGGUAGACCCUCUGGACUAUCUUGGUAGCCAUAGAAUAUUUUCGAAGAGGAAGCAGCAAGCCAUUUGUGUACACAGGCACUUCACAAGUGGACACAAGCACUACAAUAGUCUACAUGCUUGCUAAGCAGCUUAGUUGACCAGAGUGCAGCUUUUAAAGGCCACACAUACUUCCAUCGAGGCAGCAGCAAGGCAUAAAAUCGAUGGGGUUAGUUUGUGCACAGCCAUUGAUGACCCACGCCCAUCUCUACAAGCCAUAGCCACUUCAUUGGAGGCGGCGAUAACAUCAAGCUAAUUUGAAGUUUCAAGAAUGGCUACCGUCCUCUCAAUGAAGUCCCUGGAGGAGCUCUGUCUCACUCACGUAGCAAUGACACUGGAGCAAUACUCGACUGACUCUCUGUCACUACUGCCUAAAGGUUUCAGAGUACAGCUACUCCACAAGAUACCAAUUAUUGACAUUUGUCGACUGGAAGAUACUGAAUUUGUCACAGGGAUCAAUACGGAGUCGGUUUGGAAGCAAAUUGUCGUAGAUUCGAAAUUUGUCCAAAGACAACAUAUCAUUAAUGUUAAUGAUGUCAAUAAGGUAACCGUCGGUGGUGUAGUCCAUUCAUCCAUAAAAGGCUCUUGGAAACGUUAUUUCUUUAGUGCCUUUAUUGACUUCAUUGUACGAGGUAAACGUCCUUAUGGAUACUUUAACUAUCAGGUUAUGGGAUUUCAUCCAGUGGAUUAUAUCAACUACUUGGUGGCAAUCAAGUGCGAGGUUUCAACUGCUAGAAAACCAUCUGGUGCCGAAUAUCUUCUGCCCUCAUCCAGCAAAGAAAAUUUUAAAUUAAAAAACGCAUCUAGGCGUCUCAGACAAUUAGACGACGGUCUGUUGCCCUGUCUACGGCCUAGUGAUAAGGCCUACCAUGAAGCUUGCCGGGCUAGACAGCUUGUCCCACCUCGAUAUGCAAAGCACUUCUCUGAAGGAAGCUCCUACUUACCAGAUUCUACUGCACUGAAGCUGAUUGCCGAAAAAUGUCACUUUCGACCAAAACAAUUAUGUAUAGACUUACUUACUUUGUUUUUAGUAGUUCCAACUUUUCUAAAAGAAGGAGAGGACAUUGUUUGGUUUGAAAAACUUGUGAAAGAUGUUGAAACUCUCGAAAUCAUAACUAGUUGUGAUUGUAGCAAUGCAUAUGUAACAAUUCCAUCGAAGAUUGCACAACUGAUAGUUCAGCAGGAGGAGCCUAAACUUACUUCAGUAACGGUUAAUUGUUCGAAAUCUCACUCACUCAAGUUUGAAGAUGUCCUCAACUCUGUCGCUCCUGUUCUUACCUCUUCAUACAGUGGACUGAAGGAACUCAGCAUCAAGGUUGAAUCUAGUCAGUUCCCAAAUCUCGAUAGCCUGGUUAUGAUAGUUGAGCACCAUUGCUCACUGCACACUGUUUCGAUCGAGUUUCGUUAUCCUUCUUGUGCUGAAUUAAACAUGUCAAUGCAAUUAAUGAAGCCUUGGCUUAAAGUAUGCUUUAUCAAGCCAUCUUUGCAUCAUUUCAAGCUCUCUCUAUCGCCAAUGCCUACCCAUGUUAUGAUGGACAUCCUGGCCAUGUUUCUCUCCACUCCUCGCUCACAAGAACAGACUCUUACUUUCAGUGCUAUGGUUAUUGGGAGUACAAGCGCUCAAGUCAACAGUCUAGCUGACAUCACCCUCGAAAGACAAGUCUUUGAAGACUCAAUACUGCAACUCAAGUCACUGGAAUUUUUUCAGUGCUCUUUCAGACCAUCCUUUAUGAAUAGUUUGUUGAAUCUUCCUUCUUUGAAAGUGAAACAAAUGUCCACGAACGAAGAUUUUUAUGAAGGUAACAAACAAAAUACUUUACAAUUUGCCAGUCACCCUCGUGUUAAACUUGAAUCAUUGAAUUUAACUGGAGCAAGGAUGGAUGGAUCUGAAGACUUUGAUGCCAUUCUGUCAAAGAACUCUCUGAAAAUUGUGCAGUUUGUUAAUUACCAUGGCAUCGAUGUCGCCCUUCAUGAAGCAGCUACACGACAUGGGUUCAAUUUUGUGAGAUCAAAGACUCUCAGACUGACGAGUGUAGAUAUACUCUUACUAAAAUUAAAAUAGUUUGUGAUCAUGUGUAGACAUUUUAUAGUUGUGUUUGUGCUUACUGCAUUGAAAUGUACGAAGCAAUCAUGUUCAUAUUAUGUCAUGUUUUGGUA